CAGUAUUUGUUUUCAGCUCUUUUCUUUUUUUAAUUGGAUAAAAUUAACAUGGUGAAAUGCAUGGAGCUCAUCUGAUGAGUUAGAUGGGUUUUCGCAAAUAUAGGCAGCUAGUAUCACUCAGACCUCUGGCCAGGCUUAGAACGUCACCGGGAAUCUCUGGACGUUGGCCUGGGGGCCUGCGUUUUAACGGCACUCCAGCCGAUGCGGUGGUCUGUGGACCAUCGUUUGAAAAGACGGUGGAAAGCAGGUGCUGGGUCCAGGCACGUGUACGGCUUUACCUCAGCUCUGAAAUCACGAGCUGCAGUGUUCUUACCUGUAAGGGGCGCUGCCUGUGAUGGCCGUGGACAGUGAUGAUGUGAUAUCGGUGUGCAGCUGGCAGUCACCCAGUGUGUCAGUCCUUCAUGCUCUGUCCUUGAAAGGGAGCUGAACUUGAACUCAGUGCUGGAAAACGGCUGAUGUUGGGUCUGGUUGAUAGUUUGUUCACUGUUCAGUCAUACGGCCUCACCCAUCAGUCUGGGGAGGCCAUGGUCCUGGCAGAGGCCAGCUCCCCUCCACCGCCAAAGCCCCCAUUUUUCACAGGCUGGGAAAGAGGGGUGGUUGGUAGAAAGUUCCUUCCUGUUGCCUGAUUGGCGUGUCCCAUUCCCCUGUGACUGGUCUGAUUGUCACCGCGCUGUGCAUGUCUGCCCCUGCAUGCUUGCUGCAGAAACGAGCCUCCAGGCCCUGCAGAAUAUGCCCAAAGUGCUGCGCGACGUGGAAGCCCUGAAACAGGAGGCGUCUUUUCUGAAAGAACAAAUGAUUCUGGUCAAGGAGGACAUUAAGAAAUUCGAAGAGGACACGUCUCAGUCCAUGCAGGUGUUGGUGGGAAUCGACCAGGCCAAGUCCAGGAUGCAGCUCGCUGCCGAGUCUCUGCAGGAGGCGGACAAGUGGAGCACGCUGAGUGCAGACAUCGGCGAGACCUUUAAGACUCAGGUGCGCAGCAGAGGCCCGAGCAUUUCGGGUCGAGGGGGUGUGAGCUCGGCCCUCAUGUGCAGGAAGCUGUGNCAGGAGUUGGUAAAACGGCGCUUCCCCCAUGCGCCCCGCCCCCGGAGCUUCGGCUGUCGCCAUGGCCGGCCUCGGGACUCUCGCAGGGCCGCCCGGAGCCCGCUCGUAAGGCCCGGACGCCGGGCUCGAGGCGGCGCGGCCAUGGACUUCUCCAAGUUCCUGGCGGAAGACUUCGACGUGAAGGAGUGGGUCAACGCGGCCUUCAGGGCCGGCCCCAAGGAGGCGGCGGCGGGCAAGGCGGACGGCCACGCGGCCACGCUGGUGAUGAAGCUGCAGCUGUUCAUCCAGGAGGUGAACCACGCCGUGGAGGGUGAGCGGCCGCCGGCGGAGCUGCGGGCCGGGGCCGGGCCCCAUCAGUCCAGAGUGUUUGUGAAGGUUUUCAUGGAAAUUGACCGGAUGCCCCAACUCCUGGCAUACUACUACAAGUGCCACAAGGUGCAGCUCUUGGCAGCCUGGCAUGAGCUGUGCGAGAACGACCUCCCCCUGGACCGGCAGCUCGCCGGACUGUACGACGCCUUGCUGGGAGCGUGGCAUACGCAGAUCCAGUGGGCUACGCAGGUUUUUAAGAACCCCCACGAGGUGGUGACGGUGCUGCUGAUUCAGACGCUGGGGGACCUGGCGCCCUCGGUGCCCCUCUGCCUGCGCUCCGCCGUGCAGCGGGCAGGGCCCGAGCUGGAGCUGGCCAAGCUGCUGGAGCUCUACGCUGCCACCGUCCACUUUGCCAAGGGGCUGGAGGUCGCACUCCUGGCCCACUCACACGAGCCCAAUCUGGUGAAAGUCACAGAACUGGUGGACGCUGUGUAUGGGCCGUACACGCCCUACCAGCUCAAGUACGGCGACAUGGAAGCCCAGAACCUCCUCAUCCAGCUUAGCGCGGUGCCGCUGGAGCGUGGGGAAGUGAUGGACUGCACACAGGAGCUGGGCCACUCGGUGCACAAGCUCUUCAGCCUGGCGUCGGCAGCUGUUGACAGAUGCGUCACAUUCACCAACGGCCUGGGCACCUGUGGCCUGCUGGUGGCCCUGAAAUCCCUCUUUGCCAAGUAUGUGUCUGAUUUCACCAGCGCUCUCCACUCAAUACGCAAGAAGUGCAAACUGGAUGACAUUCCUGCUGACGCCCUUUUUCAGGAGGAUUGGACAGCUUUUCAGAACUGCAUCAGGACCGCGCCAUGCGGACAGCUGGGGUGUAACGCGCAGCUCUGUCACUGCAGGAUCCUGUCCACGGCUGGGAAGUACCUGUCCGACUCCUACAGCCCUCGGAGCCUGGCCGGCAUCCAGGACAGCAUCUUGACAGAUAAGAAGCCCUCCGCCAAGAACCCAUGGCAAGAACACAACUACCUCCAGAAAGACAACCCCGCCGAGUACGCCAGCCUGAUGGAAAUCCUCUACACCCUCAAGGAAAAGGGGCCAGGCAGCCACCACCUGCUGUCGGCGUCCCGAGCGGCCCUGACCCGGCUGAACCAGCAGGCGCAUCAGCUGGCUUUCGACUCGGUUUUCCUGCGCAUCAAGCAGCAGCUGCUGCUCAUCCCCAAGAUGGAGAGCUGGAGCACAGCUGGCAUUGGAGAAACCCUGACGGACGACCUGCCCACCUUCAGCCUCACCCCCCUCGAAUACAUCAGCAACAUCGGGCAGUAUAUCAUGUCCCUCCCCCUGAACCUGGAGCCAUUUGUGACUCAGGAGGACUCUGCCUUAGAGCUGGCCCUGCACGCAGGGAAGUUGCCGUUUCCGCCGGAGCAAGGUGAGGGGCCUGCAGGGCAGGGAGGGGCGGCCGCAGGUGUGAGCACCUUUCCCCUCGUCACACAUGGUCCCCAGCGAAGGAAAACUCCAGCCACCCCGCACUCCACCAAGCAGCUGGCCACUGACAUCGACUACCUGAUCAACGUGAUGGACGCCCUGGGCCUGCAGCCCUCCCGCACCCUGCAGAACGUCGGGACGCUGCUGAAGACCAAGCCCGAGGACUACAGGCAGGUCAGCAGGGGCCUGCCGCGGCGUCUGACCAGCACAGUGGCCGCCAUGCGCAGCGUGGAGUACUGAGCCUGCACCCCGCGGCGGGGCAUGGGGUCCCCCACGCAUGGCAGCUGUCCAGGAUGGCGUCGCUUGGAAACUGCUCGGGAUUGGGCAGAAUUUAUUUUUAAAAGACUUGGUUCAUUUGUAUCGUCACAAAUAAGUUGUAAAUUAGGAUUUAUUUAUUAGAGGAAUUUUCAGGUGAUUUUUUAGAAUGAUCCAAUCUUGAAAAUGGAAUUAAUAAACACUUUGAAAUGCA